GCUUGCAAGUUACAAGAAGUUUCCAUUUUGCGAUGGAAAUGUUGAAAUAGUCUUCCAAAAACGACCUGUUACGUAUUUUAAAGACAUAAGUUGAUUUUUUCAACACUACUGUGAUAUACUGGCGCCAAAACAAGGACAAUAUGCAGCACGAUGAGGUGAUAUGGCAAGUCAUAAAUCAUGGGUUCUGCUCAUUUAAAGUAAAAACUACCACUCAGAAAUUUUGUAGAAAUGAAAAUAAUGUAACAGGGCUGUGCAGCAAACAGGCUUGUCCACUGGCAAACAGUAGAUAUGCUACAGUUAGAGAGAGGGAUGGUGUUUGUUAUCUUUAUAUGAAGACAAUAGAGAGAGCCCAUUCUCCUGCCAAGAUGUGGGAAAAAGUGAAACUCUCCAAGAACUAUGAAAAAGCUUUAGAGCAAAUUGACAAGAACCUUAUAUACUGGCCAAACUUUAUCAUACACAAAUGCAAGCAGAGAUACACCAAAAUUGUACAGUAUUUGAUAAGAAUGCGGAAACUUAGACUCAAAACAAGUAAAAAACUGGUGACAAUCAAUAAGAAAGUUGAAAGAAGGGAAAAAACAAGGGAGCGUAAAGCUCUGGUGGCUGCACAGCUUGAAAAUGCUAUAGAGAAAGAAUUACUUGAAAGAUUAAAGAAAGGAACAUAUGGAGAUAUUUAUAACAUUCCCAGCACUGCAUUUGAGAAUGCCUUAGACAAAGAAGAGAUAGAAGAUGAAGAAGAGGAGGAACUGGAAGAAGAAGAGGAAGAGGAAGAAGAACCAGAGUUUGUGGCAGAAGAUGAGGUUGAUGUCAGUGAUCUAAGUGAUAUUGAGGACUUCCAAGUUGAGGAAGGUGAACAAGAAACAGAGAGUGAGGUUGAAGAAGAAGAAGAAGAGAUAGAAAAACCUCCUACAAGACAUGCAGGACGUAAAGCAAGAGUAGAGAUUGAAUAUGAAGAAGAAAGAGAACCUAAAAGAGCUAAAUUAAAAGCUUAAUUUGGGCAGGACUUUCAGAUAAAUUAUUUUUAAUAGAAUACAUUGUAGGGAUGUUGGACCUUAUCAUCAUUGAAUUCAUGGCCUAUUCGUAUCAGGCUGGCCCCGUCUUGAUACCUGAGUGUUUUUUUUUUAAACAUGUCGGCGGAAUCCUGAUUUCAGAACCCCAAGAUACAUAUCGGGAAAAUAAGUGAUUUGGUUCUCUCCAAAUUAAUAACUUUCAAAGCUGCACACAAGCAGAAGUUGUUUGUAGGCAGCAAAGGGCAAUUGGUGUGGUAUGCUCUUGAUUUAUGUUCAGAAAGGAAGUGAUUUGCAGCCCUUGCAAUACCCAAUUUUUGUGGUGAGUUUCUGAGAAGUAACAGUUUUAAUAAAAGCUGUACAGUCUCAAUUUUGCCAUCUGCUGUCUUUCAGUUUGAUUUUUAUAAAGGUUUAUUGGCAUUCCAAAAUGAAUUGGCUCUUCUUUUUAAUUAAUUUUGUGGAGACCCUUAUGAGAUGCAUUAGAUUUGCUGUGUAAAUAGUGUAACCUUGAAGAGUGCACUUGAAAAUAAACCACUGAUGGAAAAAAAUUGA